CCGAGAGCUUAAAUUGAGGGCCUGUGACUCUGUAAGCGGGCAAUGGGACGGUGAAGAGGCUCCCUCUCUCUCUCUCUCUCAGGCACGCACAGAAAAAAGCAGAGAGAAAGAGAGAGAGAGAAAGUGAGAGAGAAGGAGCUCUUGGGGAAGAGGGAGAAAGCGAAAGCGACUCGUUCAUCCCGAGGAGUAUACCUAAGACGGCUGUUGAAUCACAGACAGAAGCUUGGUACCUUCUUGAGGUUCAGCAGGAAGAAGAAGAAAAACAACAAUGGGAGCCGGUGGCAGAAUGUCUCUCCCCCCAUCCAAAGGCAGUGACGAACUGGAAAGCAAACACCGUGAUGCUUUGCUCCGAGUUCCCCACUCGAAGCCUCCCUUCACGCUCAGCCAAGUGAAGAAAGCUAUCCCACCCCACUGCUUCCGGCGCUCACUCCUCCACUCCUUCUCCUACCUUCUCUAUGACCUCGUCCUGGUGGCCCUCUUCUACUACAUUGCCACCACCUACUUUCACCACUUCCCAUCACCGCUCUUCCACCUUGCGUGGCCCCUCUACUGGGCUGUGCAAGGCUGCGUCCUCACCGGCGUCUGGGUCAUUGCCCAUGAGUGCGGUCACCACGCCUUCAGCGACCACCAGUGGCUUGAUGACACUGUUGGCCUUAUCCUCCACUCUGCCCUCCUUGUCCCCUACUUCUCCUGGAAGUACAGCCAUCGCCGCCACCACUCCAACACUGGUUCCCUUGAUCGGGAUGAAGUUUUCGUCCCCAAGCCAAAGUCCAAAAUGCCUCGCUACUCCAAGUUUCUCAACAACCCACCUGGCAGGGUUCUUUCCCUUUUCAUCACCCUCACCCUGGGUUGGCCCCUCUACUUAGCCUUUAAUGUCUCUGGUCGCACCUACGACCGCUUUGCAUGUCACUACGACCCCUAUGGCCCUAUUUACUCUGACCGUGAACGUGCACAAAUCUACAUCUCCGACGCAGGGGUUCUCGGUGUCGCUUACUUGCUUUACAAGCUGGCUCUGUCCAGGGGUUUAGCCUGGGUUUUAGGGGUGUAUGGGGUGCCAUUGCUAAUUGUUAAUGGCUUCCUGGUGUUGAUAACUUACCUGCAGCACACACACCCAGCACUGCCACACUACAACUCAUCGGAGUGGGACUGGCUGAGGGGGGCACUGGCCACGGUUGACAGGGACUACGGGAUACUGAACAAGGUGUUCCACAACAUCACAGACACGCACGUCGCGCACCACUUGUUCUCGACAAUGCCACAUUACCAUGCGAUGGAGGCAACAAAGGCGAUCAGGCCGGUGCUGGGAGAGUAUUACCAGUUGGAUCGAACCCCAAUUUACAAGGCAAUGUGGAGGGAAGCGAGGGAGUGUGUGUACGUAGAGCAGGACGAGGGUGACCAUAGCAAGGGAGUUUUCUGGUACAAGAACAAAUUUUGAUGAGGCUGACAAGGAUGAUGAGUAGUACUUUUUUUUUCCCUUGAUAUUAAUUAUUGUUGUUAUUAUUGUUGGGGCUGUAAUAUGCCUUCCUUGAUUGAUCAAAUUGAUCAGUACUGAGGGUGUUUUUGUUUCUAGUAGUGAAUCAGUGGAGAGGAGAGGUGUAGCUGCUAGAGACUGCACAUGCCUUUUUUGGUUCUAGUCUUUAACCAAUUGUUAUAUGAUCCUCUGCUGGUUUGCUCAA